AUGGCGAAGACCCUCGAGCCGAUCGGCCGGGAGGAUUAUAUUCAAGCGAUCAUCACCGGUUUCAGACCAGUUCAGCGGACCAGCACAUCAUAUGAGGGGGAGAAGCUUGCUCGCAGGAGGGAGGCUGCCGCCGCCAGAGGAAAUGGAGCCACCUCCUUCCUCUCAGGCUCCUCGCCGGCGCCGACGCCGGCCACAGGCCGCUCCAUCUCCUCCUCUCCAUCUCCUGCUUGUGACAUCUCCACUGGAGCAACCCACCGCCGCUCUUCUUCCUCCGCCUCGCGACGCCGUCACCACCCUCCUCCUUCACCUCACUGCGACGGUAUGGCUGGACACGCCGUCGCCGGUGGCAAGGCCGGCUGCGGGUCUCCGACCACUGCUCUUCUCCUCCUCACCUCUUCUUGUGGUCGGCAUAGCCUCUGUUCUCCUCGAGAUGUUACCGUCGGAGCCGCCUCAGUUCGCCGAAGCCGCCGCAGGCCGCCCCUCUCGCUACUUUCUCUCUUUUCCUCGCCAUACCACGCGCCAACUUCCAGCGCCGGCCAGCAUCUCACCCAGCAGCCGCCGACGCUUCCCAUCACUGCUGUCGCCCCCGGCAGUUGUCACCGUCGCCACUGUCUUCGGCGUUCGGCACCACUGCCUUCAGUAUCCAGCUUCGCCACUUCCGGCGUAUACCGUCGUCACGGCUUCCAGCGACAACAAAUGUCGCUACCGACAUCUCCAGCAGCCGCCAUCACUGCUCCCAGCUGGCGCCGCCCUCCGGCGACCACCAUCGUCAUCCUCCGUCGCUCACUGCAGUCCACAGCGACUGCCGCUGCCCUCUCCCGCAGCCAUAGCCACUGCUGCCGGCGAAGGGCUCUGGAUGUAGCCUACCUUGUUGCUGACAGCAGCAUCUCCGCUGCUACACCUCCUCGCAGCGCCACCGCGCAUUUGGCAGCCCGCGUCUGCGGCAGCCAGCGCCUCCGGCGUCUAGCGCCGUCACCUCCGACAGCUCCUGCAGCAGCCACCGACACCUCCGGGCAACCGUCAUCACCCUACAAGUAG